AUUUAUUUUUUGUAGUGGAUACAUUCAGUUAAAGAUGUUUCAGGUAAAGUGAAGUCCAGGUGAGAUACAGUCAAGCAUUUGUUUAGUUCCUUUGUGUCAUAAAUCUUGUUUCCUGACAUGAAGUUUGGACUUUGAGCCUUUGGCACAUGAUGUUGUGCCGCAGAGGAGCGUGAUGAACGAGCACCUGCUGAAAAUACUGAUUGUUGGAGAUGGAAAUGUUGGGAAGUCGUCCUUCGUGCACCGCUUUGUCAGCGGGCAGUUCAACAAGACGUACAAGAGCACAGUGGGAGUGGAUUUUUCCGUCAAGCUACUGCACUGGUCGGAGAGAGAAAAAGUCAGACUGCAGCUGUGGGACAUCGCAGGUCAGGAGCGUUUCAUCUCGAUGACCAGGAUCUAUUAUAAAGGUGCACUCGGCUGUGUGGUGAUGUUCGACGUCACCAGCUCCAACAGCUUCCUCAGCUGUCGCCACUGGAAGCGGGACCUGGACAACAAGGCCACUCUGCCCAACGGAAACUCCAUCCCCUGCAUCCUGCUGGCCAACAAGUGUGACCUGUCUCAGCGGGUUGUGUCCUCAGACAGCAUCGACAGGUUCAGUAAGGCCAACGGCUUCGCAGCGUGGAUGGAGGUUUCAGUCAAAGACAACAAGAACGUCGGAGAAGCCAUGAGGAGGCUGGUGAAGGAGAUCCUGACGGUUCAGUCUAGUCUGGACGAGCCUGAAACAGAACCUCAGGACUGCGUCUACCCAGAUCUGGACUCUCAGUGUGAGCGAGGGUCCGGCUGCUGCUGAAAGACAGAGCCGGGACCCGCUCACUGGUUCAGGUCCUCGCCUCUGAAAAAGGCACUUAACCCUCAAACUUAGUGAGCAUCUGCUGAGGGGAGAGAGCAGGAGAAGAACCAGGAGGCUGCUAGAGGCGUCCUGCUGCUGGCUGAAGGAGGUGUGGAUUGGCUGUGUCACCCAAGUGUUUCUAAUUCUAUGCAGCGUGUGGUUACGACAUACGUGGGAGAGAAACAGCACCAGUUUUACUGCACAGAGCAUAUGUUAGAGUUUCUCAGCUUUUUUAAUUGAUGAUCCAUUAAAGGACCGUCGUAAAGUUUAAACUCUAACGAUAAUGUCUGUUUUUACAGUUUCUUAAGAUGGUUAAGAUCUAAGACUUUUUCUAUGCACACAAAUCUGUUCAGAUCUGUUAGUGAGCACUUCUCCUUCACUGAGGUGAUCCUUCCACCUGACAGAUGUGACACAAGAUGCUGACGUGGGAGAGAAACAGCGCCAGUUUUACUGCACAGAGCAUAUGUUAGAGUUUCUCAGCUUUUUUUUUCUAAUCUGGGAUUCAUUUGAGGACAAAAGUUUUUACAGAAAGUAAACAACCUCUCCUGUCAUCUCCUCUGCUCUGUGUAAACAGCCUCUCCUGUCCUCUCCUCUCUGCUCUUUGUAAACAGCCCUUUCCUGUCCUUUCCUCUCUGCUCUGUGUAAACAGCCUCUCCUGUCCUAUCCUCUCUUCUCUGUGUAAACAGCCUCUCCUGUCCUCUCCUCUCUGCUCUGUGUAAACAGAUUUUCAGUGAAUAUUUGUCACAUGACCGUUGGUCUCAGCAGAAUCAAUCAUGUCUUCACAGUGUCUCUGAGGAGCAGAAUUUAAUGUUUCUAACAGGAUCUGGUUAGUGCAAACGCUUUAUUUUAAGUGACACAUUUAGAAUAAAGAGAUUCUGACACAAAUAUCAACAUUUUAACACAAGUUUUGGUCACUUUUUAUCACUGACACUGUCAUAAUUGAUGAUCCAUUAAAGGACAGUCGGAAAGUUUAAACUCUAACGAUAAUGUCUGUUUUUACAGUUUCUUAAGAUGG